UUUAAGCUUUUUCAACAUUUUACAGAACACUCAACAAGACAUUUCCUGACAUACCAUACAUACAUCACAUCACAAAAAGAGGUGGUAGACGCACGCAGCAGAACCAGCUGCCACAGAAACAAAUGAACAACCAGGUAGUCAAUAAGAAUUAAUAAACAAGCGACAAUAAUGGAGAGAAACUCCGCUCAUUCAACCCCCAGAUAUCUUGAAACACGAGACCAUCUACGAUCAAAAAUUUUCAUUUCUUAUAGUGAAUACUCAUAUGAGUAAGUAAAGAGGGGAGAGCUGAGUGACAUAAUGUACUGUUUUGAAAUAUUUAUAUAUUUUUAACAUUAUAAAUAUGCUUUGGACACCAGAAUUGACAUGCCACGUCUUUGACCCAUAUAUUGUUAAGCAGUUUAGUGGUUCCCAACCUGAGGGUCAGCCCCUCACCCACAAAACAUUGCAAGAAAAAUUUAAGGGUCAUUAGAUGAUAAAUAGGGUAUUUAAGAAGAAAGUAACAUAAGAUUUAAUUUCUGUAGGUCUUAAACAUUUAAUUCAAAUAUAGGGGAAAAAUCUGAUAGACUUUUUUUUUUUACAAAGACCUGUGAAAACAAAUGCAUGAACAAGUUUUUCCAUAUCUUGGUUAGACAGAUAAACUUUAAUUCCUGCUAUGUUUUUAAGGUGGUAGUGACAGUAGAAAAUCUUUUUCCCCCCAGCCUAAUAUGGGCAGGUAUGUCAGGCUCACAAUUACCAACUGAUACAAAAAAAUUCCUGUCUUGUAAAUACGACUCAAACCAAUUAAGCACAGUGCCACAAUCUCCUAUUCACUUUUUUAUUCUGUGGAGCAGUAUCUUGUGGUCGACCAUAUCCAGUGCAGAACUGAGGUUCAGCAAUACCCAACCUGAAAAUUUUCAUGCUUCAUUAUUCAAAUGAAUGUCAUUUCAAACUUAAAUGUGUGCAUUUUCUGUUUUUUUCUUUGUUCCUAUCACUGUUGUACCUUUACUGUUUUUCCCCCAUAUGUAAACAUCAGAGUUGACAUCCAGGAAAGAGGCAGAGAAGGUAUCCACAUAUCUGCAUCGGAGGAGUGCCAAGUGUGGGGGAAUUUAACAAACCACUGUGGUCCCAGCAAAACGGAUCUUCUCUGCCAAGCAUCCUGCUAGCCAAUUUACAGCUGUGUGGGGCAUUUGUGGUAGCGUUCGGAGAGUUCCAGAUGAUUCACUCCAAGUUUGCCUCCCUCGUCACCACCUUCUGGCCCAUCUACCCCGCCAAUACUUUGGUGGUCACCGGUACCAUUGUUACCUGUGUGUGCUAUUUGGGAGUGUUAGGAGGCAUGAAGGAGAAUCGCUGCAUGCUCAUCAGUUUUUUCAUUCUGCUCUUCAUCCUGAUGCUGGUGGAGCUGGCCAUGGCCUGCGUGUUCCUAGUCUACAGCAGAGAGAUUGACACAUACUUUGAGAAUGACCUGAUGCGAAGCUUGGAGAUCUACAGACAGUCUAGUCCAGAAAGCAACAAGACCAUUAAAGAGGACUUUGAUGCUGUCCAGCACCUGUUUAGGUGCUGUGGAGUUCAUGGCGUGGCAGACUGGAAGGGUAAUGUGCCAAUCUCCUGUUGUAGCAAGGACCCCUGUAACACCCUCCCUCACACCAACUGGCAAGAGGGUUGUCUUUUGAAACUGAGAAGCUGGUUUGCCAGAAACUAUCUCAGCACAGGUGCAGGCGUUGUCACAAUGUUUAUCAUACAGUUUAUUUGUCUGUCUAUCACCAUCCCUCUCUUUUGCCACUUGAGUCGACAAGGACUGGGCUACCAGUGAAAAAAGGCCAACAAAACUGUACCUGCGAUUUACAGUGACUUUACGCAUGUCAACAGGUUGUUUUUCCCUGCAUUGGCCUUUCAUGAAUCUGUUUUGAAUGCCCAAAAAGUUGAUUUUGCUGCCAUCUCCAUCCAUCAAAAUGGGAACCAACAGUAAAAAAAACCAAAACCUAGUUCUUUAACCAAGCAUAAGCUGAGGAGGGCAAGCACAGCAUUGCAUGUGAUGUUGUAAACAAAACAGGACACAUUUAAUUAGUAGAUAAGUUAUGACAUGAUUACCCAGUUGAAUGGACUUCAAGAACAGUUUGAACUAGACUUAGACAAACUAGAGUUAGACAAAUCCAACUUGGACAUUUUGAACCCUUACAUUUUUAAUUGUGUUUUCACUUGUUUUAAGCAACUGGAAAGGAAGACAUUUAAACUUUAACUCUGCUUAAUAAACCAUAACACUUGCUGAUUUAAA